GAAACUCAAGCAAACCAAACGGAGGUGUAAAAACACAGGCGCAGCAACGUGGGGACGAAACCUACACUAGGCCCCCUGCAACUCUCUCUCUCUCUCUCUCUCUCUCUCUCUCUCCUCUAACCCAUAUGAUUAUGCGUUCUGAAGAAGAGGAAUCGACUGGUAAAAACAGCCUCUCUACUUUCUUUGACGUCUACGGUCCACAAGCGAAAGCAGAUGUUAUUUUUAAGACACCUGAGGCUGACUCAACUUUGAAUCUGCAAGACAUUCAGGGACUUGUCAUGUGGGUGUUAGCUGAAGGAUUCAUGCCAUCAUGGGUGUUUAUCAAAAACAAGCCCCUGAUUCCAAAAGUGGUUAUGCUUUAUGUCCCUGGCCUUGAUGCAGCUUUGUACUUGUCACAGUCUAAAACACUAAAAGGUUUAAAGCAAUGCUGUGGUAUUCCAAGGGCAGUAUUAGCUCUAAGCUGUGUAUCAGAUGGAAUGCAGACCGUAGAUGCACUCCUCACCCUCAGGCUUAAAAGGAAAAGGAAUGAAGCUGAUUCAGUUUUGAGGAAAGCUGCCCAGACAUCUGAACAAGGAGCUUUUGGUUCUAGUCCAGAGAAUCUAUCAUUUGCCGAUCUUGUGAAAGAUAUUCCAUUCCCUAUUACAUACUAUACACUUACAACAAAGCAACUAGAAGAUAAUGGAUACAUUCAUGAUCAACCAGAUUUUCUUUCAACGCUUCCAUCUCCUUCAGAAAAAUCUCCUCAUGAAUUGUUGGCACUUGACUGUGAAAUGUGCGUGACAAAUGAGGGGUUCGAGCUCACAAAAGUAACACUGAUCGAUAUUAAAGGGCAGGUACUGUUGGAUGAACUGGUUAAACCAGCAAACAGUAUUGUUGAUUACAACACCAGAUAUAGUGGAAUUACGUGUGAAAUGUUGAGUGGGGUGACCACGACUCUUAAAGAUAUUCAGGAAGAUUUUCUAAAGUUGGUCAACAAAGAGACUAUUCUAGUUGGGCAUUCGCUGGAGAAUGAUCUGUUGGCACUCAAGAUCUCUCACAAUUUGGUGAUUGAUACAGCAGUGUUGUACAAGCACCCCCGUGGUGGAUCCUACAAAACUGCACUUCGUGUACUAACCAGAAGAUUCCUUUCCAGGGAGAUACAGGAGUCAGAAAGCGGACAUGAUAGCGUUGAAGAUGCAAGGGCUGCUCUGGAACUAGCACUGCUAAAGAUUAGGCAUGGACCUGAUUUUGGUUCACCUCCAUCAUUUGUGCGGAAGAAGCUUCUUUCAUGUUUAAGUGAGUGCGGUAAAGCCUCAACUUUGAUUGAUAAUAUCUCCAUUGUGAAGCGAUAUGCUUCUGAGUCAUCCCAUGCCAUUCCAGUAUGUUCGGAUGAGGAGGCUCUUCUGAAGGCCAGAAAAGAGGUUGCAAAUGACAAGGUACACUUUGUCUGGGCACACUUCUCAGAAUUAAAUUCCUACUUCAAGAAACAAGCGGAAGAUGUCGAAAGUUUAAAUGGAAAGCUUGCGGAGAUGAUAUCGUUGCUUACGUGCGACAAGAGCUCUACCAAAAAAAAAGGCAUCAAAUACAGUGUAACCUCUGAACUAAAGGACAUUUUAACUCGCUUAGAUGCAAGAAUCAGACGCUUGCACUCCAGCUUACCAAUGAAUGCUUUGCUUGUUAUCUGCACUGGACAUGGGAACACUGCAAUUGUUCACAGACUGAGGAACAUGCUUACGGAGCAGACGGAUACCACUUUGUGCCGCGAGAAACUUGUCAAGGUCUUGGAAGAUCUGCAAGCCCAAGCUGAAGUAGGUUUGUGUUUUGUGGGUGUAAAGCAUUGAGUAUCUCUUGUUCUUUUUCUGCCCAUCUCCUGGUGAGUGCACAAGGGAUCGGCACUUCUAUUUAUUGCAUAUGUAAUCCUAACAACAAUGUAUUAGUCGCAAAGCUGCUAUGCACAAAUUUUGCAUUUGAAGUUCUGGCUUGUGUUUGUAUACUAGUCUCUGUGCCCUUCAUCGUCUUCUUCCGAUUUCUUUUCUAUUCACAGAUAGAUAAGGAUAUGUUCCUUUGAUGUCUCCAAAAAAUUUGACUACGGAUUGGAUAAAUAAAUGGAUGAUACUUGUGUGAA